GAGCCGAUAAUCAGUGAAGUGAUCACAGCCGCUGAGGAGACAGUCAGGGAGCUAGUUUGUUGAAACUGUGUUGCACUAUGUGGUUUCUGGUCUUCAUCUGCAUGCUUUCAGUCGUUGGUGGUGUCCCUAUAAAUGCAACACAGGAGGAUACCAGUCAUGCAACAGACAAUGUUACUACGAUGUCAGAUGUGCAAAAACAAGGUAGUGUCAUUCCCUUAAAUGGCACCCAGAAUGUGACUCAUCAUGCAACAGGUGUGUUGGUUUCAAUGCUCGAGCCACAGCGAUCCAGUUCAGAAACUCUAGAAGAGCUUGAAGAUGACGUGAUUGUCCGAGAGGGAGACAUUUUGAUCCCGGAGGACAGGAAUGCCGUGCAGAACCUAUGGUUGGACGCCACCGUGCCGUACACCAUCAGUCAGGAACUCACUGAUCGAGCGUUUGAAAUCAAGGCUGCCUUCAAGAUGAUCUCAGACGUCACCUGCAUUCGCUUCACGCCUCACACCACAGAGCUGAACUACAUCAAGUUCCGCAGUGGCAAAGGCUGUGCGUCCUACGUUGGAUGUAUAGGAGGAGCCCAGUCGGUGUACUACGCCUCCUCGUGCUCUGUGGGUAAUGUUUGCCAUGAGAUCAUCCAUGUUCUGGGUCUGCACCACGAACACAACCGCUGGGACCGCGACCACUACAUCUAUGUGAAGUGGAGGAACAUCAUGCCAGGAAAACGAAACAACUUCGUGGUGAAACGUGGAGACACUCAGAAUCUGCCGUAUGACCUCAACUCCAUCAUGCACUACGGAGAGAAUUACUUCAGUCGAGAUGGCAGGCCGACGUUGUUGUCGAAGCGUAGCGGGGUGCAGAUAGGUCAAAGGUCACAUCUCAGUGAGCUGGACGUACUGAGGCUGAACACACUCUACCACUGUGACGAGCGGAAGAGGGACGCACUGCGCCACGCUGGUGUUAACUGGCAUUAACCAUGAGAUUAAUAAAGUUUUUGAAAAUCCUA